AAACUAUUGGAGGAGGUUAGAGGAGGACGACACGUUAUAUAGAUAGAUUACACAACCCCGGCUCUCUCUCUCUGCGAGAAAAAAAUAAAAAACUGAUUCUUCUGAGUGAAGAGAGAUAGAAGCCGAGGCUCCAUUUGCGUAAUGUGAAUCUGGCCAAAACUCUCAAGAUUCUGCAUCGAGGGCAAAACUACCCUUCAUAUCGCCAGUUUGGACUUCCAAGUACCAGAACUUGAGGAUAUAUUUUUUCUCGGGAAUAGUUGGUUCCAAUUGCCUGGGAUUAUUUAUUGUUGGUGAAUUUAUGGCUGUGGCUUUUACUAAUCUCACAUGGUGGUUGUGGAGUGGGAAGCAUCAGGAGCCUAGAAUCUCCAAUGGGUCUUCUAUAAAUUCUUCAUCUGAUUCAAGUAUGUGGGAAUCUGAUGCUCUGAAAUUUCCAUUGGUUAAACGGGCCAAUAUGGCCUCCUCAUCAAGACGAGUGAAGCGCAAAUGGCAUAGUCGGGAAGAACGGAAAAUUGAUAGGGAAUAUGAUGUUGUUCUUGUCCCAUCUGAUGGAGGAUGUGUUUCAGGUUCAGAGUCCGAUGAUUCAGAUUGGUCAAUUGGAUGGUUGGAGCCUCAUGGACCUGGAUUCCAGAGUGAUGAUGACACUGAUGACAGUUUUGCUGUGCUAGUUCCAUGCUAUGGGCAUGGCUAUGAUGAUCUCGUGGAGGAUUCGAAGAACAAUAUCUUGAGCACUGUUGGGAACAUCCCGGAUAGUUAUUUGGAUGAGAGCAAGAAAUCUAUGGAACAGUGGCUCUCUUCUCUUCAAAGUAGCUGAAUACUGAUGGUGGUGAACCAAAAAUCAAAAAGAAAAAAAAAAAAAAGAAAAAAAAAAAAGAAAAAAAAAGAAAGAAAAAGAAAAAAGAAGGAAAAAGAGAUGUGUAAUUUAAGUUACUACUAGAAAGGGAUUGGCCUAAUGUUGGGUCCAACCAAAUUUAACUCUGAGGAACAAUGAUGGUGAAGGAUGAGGGAUGGAUGGCUCCCCCAAUGUUGAGAGAGAACUUGCUUUCUCACUUCUUUUUGAACUCUUGCCCGUCUUCCCCCUCUUUGCCAUACAAAUUGGAGGGUGUGAAUAUAACAUGUGUAAUGUAAUCGUAAUUGGAGUGCUUAGCUAGAAAAAAAAGAGGAGAAAAAAAAAAAAAAGACAGAUGUGUGAGUUGGCUAGAAAAUUUAAAGAAGGGUGAAGGAAAAAGUGGGUUAAAAAAUGGAAUAUGUGUGUGAGUGUGCUCUUGCAAUUCUUUGUUGUAUAUAAGGGAGGGAGGCCUAUGUUUCAUUUAAUAUCAUGUGUAAAUAAUGAGAUAAAUGUAAAUAUUCUGUGAAUACGAAGAUGUUAUCUCUCUCUCUCUCUCUCUCUCUC